AUGAUGGAUAAUUUAGAUUUGCAUCAUGAAAUUGAACGACUCUGCGCUGAAUUGCGCGAAGCCAACGAUUCAAUCGCGCGUAAACAAGUGGAAAUAAUGGCUACUGAGACUAAAUAUCGUGAAGACAAUGAACGAAUGUCUACGGAGCUGGGCAAACUAAGAGAACGCUAUGAACGAUUAUUAUCUAAUCAUCAGAAUCUUAGCAAAUUAAAUCACGAACUGGAAGCGAAGUUAUUGCAAACGGUAAGUCAUUGUUUGUUGGUUCCGCUUAUUCUUUCUUUCUCAACUCCCUAUAUGUGCGUGCUCGCAUAG